UAUUUAAUUCCUUACAAAUUCCAGUUGAGUCGUUAUUGUUUUAGCGGUAGCUGUUUAUUUCAAAGCUCCGUACAAAUCGCUUAAAAAUGCAAACACAGAAAACAGUGAGCGUCGCAGAAAAAUUCUCAGCUCAAAUUUGUUACAUUUUCUCCACCAUAAAUCUCAAAUUCCGAGUUUUUAGCGUGUUUUCAGCUCACCCCAUUAUCUUUACAACAGCAAAUAUCAUCAUCUUCACCUCUCCUCCCAAAAAAAAAGAAAAAAAAUCAUCACAGUUUCUUCUUUUUCUUGCAUAAACCACAAAAUUUUAAUUGCUGUACUUUGGUUUGCCAAAGAUAAUUUUCAAAUACCACUACCAGCACAAAAGAUAAGAAGAUUAUAUACGAGGUUUCGAUCAAAUUAGGCAUAUACAGAGAGUAGGGAGGUGGUUAUAAGGCAGUUCCUCUCUUUUAAUACAAAGAGAGGGACCAUAUGAAGAUUUGUGAUUCAUUGAUAUAAUCUAUUUGCUGGUCCUCUUCAAGUGCAUUGAUUCUGGGGAAAGAAGAGGGUGCUAAAAAUGAGCUCAGUGUAUGGGGAGGAGGCAUCUCAAUAUGGUGAUGAUCACGGAUCAGUUGCACAUGAAGAGAAAGAGAAGAUUUUUGUUGCAGUUAGAUUGAGACCUUUGAAUGAGAGGGAGAUUACAUGUAACGAUGUCUCGGAUUGGGAAUGCAUCAAUAACACCACAAUUUUGUAUAAAAAUUCUAUGUCAGAGCGUUCAUUGUUUCCAACUGCUUGUGCAUAUGACCGAGUAUUUGGGUAUGAUUGCUCCACAAGGCAGGUGUAUGAGGAAGCCGCCAAAGGAGUUGCUCUUUCAGUUCUUAGUGGUAUUAAUUCAAGUAUCUUCGCAUAUGGACAGACAAGUAGUGGGAAAACGUAUACUAUGUCUGGAAUCACCGAAUACACAUUAGCAGAUAUAUAUGAUCAUAUAUGCAGGACCGUAGACCGAGAAUUUACACUAAAAUUCUCUGCCAUGGAGAUAUACAAUGAAGUUGUUAGAGACCUUCUAACCCCAGAGGACACUCCACUUAGACUCCUCGAUGAUCCAGAGAGAGGGACUGUAGUUGAAAAACUUACAGAGGUAACACUGAAGGACUGGAACCAUCUAAAAGAACUGUUGUCAGUAUGUGAAGCUCAAAGGAAAAUAGGAGAAACUGCUCUCAACGAAGUGAGCUCAAGAUCUCACCAGAUUCUGCGUUUGACAGUUGAAAGUACCGCUAAGAAAUUUGUUGGCUUAAACUCAAGCACUCUGACAGCUGCAGUGAAUUUUGUUGAUCUUGCUGGAAGUGAGCGUGCUUCUCAAACCAUGUCAGCAAAUGUAAGAUUGAAAGAAGGCAGCCACAUCAAUCGCAGUUUGCUGACUCUUGGAACUGUCAUUCGCAAAUUAAGCAAAAAAGGAAAUGGACAUAUUCCUUUCAGAGACUCGAAGCUGACACGCAUACUACAGAAUUCAUUGGGAGGCAAUGCCAGAACUGCCAUCAUUUGCACCAUGAGUCCUGCACAUAGCCAUGUUGAGCAAUCCAGGAACACUUUGUUGUUUGCAACUUGUGCCAAGAAUGUCAUUACUAACGCAAAAGUUAACGUGGUAAUGUCAGAGAAGGCACUGGUGAAACAAUUACGAAAAGAACUAGCUAGAUUGGAAGCUGAGCUAAGGAGUUUAUCGGCACUUGCUGCCUCAGGUGGAUCUGCAGAGGCUCUGAAAGAAAAGGAGGAUCUGAUAGAAAAGAUGAGCAGAGAAAUAAGGGAGUUAACCCAGCAGCGUGAUCUUGCUCAAUCUCGUUUUCACAAUUUUCCAAGUUCAGGGUCAUGGACUGAACUGAGUAGUGUGUCAUCUCCUGAUAAGGCCCAAUGGCUGGAUGACUGUGCAGCAUCAGAAGUAUCAGAAUGUGUAUAUCCUUUUCGUCCUGAUGGCGCUGUAUAUCAAUAUGGCAGAUACGAAGGCCUUAAUUCUAACAAGCUAGGGGAACAGAUUCCUGAACCUCCAGAAGAUCAGUAUCUCUGUGAUGACACCUCCCCAAGGCUGUUUAUUGAGAAAUAUUUUGGACCUGAUCCAUGCAAGGGAUGGGAAAACAGUGCUCAAAGAACUGUUCAAAAUUUGGAAGAUAACUGCAAGGAAGUUCAAUGUGUUGAAGUGGAUUCAAACACGAAGAGUAUAAGCUCGGAUAAACAUUCAUCACCUCGAAAGGGAGAUCAGGAGUCGAGUUUCAUUGACAAAGAUCAUAACGAUAAAGAACCAAAGCAAACUAGCAAUCUGGUCGUGGAACACUCUUCUUCUUCUUCUUCCGACACAGAUUCUGACUCAAAUAACUUACCAAGGAGCAGAAGCAGUGAAGCAAUAAUGAUUAACGUGCCAGUAUCAGAAGGAUCUGAAGUAAUUAAGGAAAAUGGGGACAUAUCAAGUGAAUCUGAGGAAGAGUCAUCUAUUAAAAAGAUUGAUAUUGAGGAGAAAACUUCUCAACCGGAGCUUUCUGCUGAUAAUGUUAAGGUGUUAUCAAAAGAACACAACCACAGUUUCACGAUUGAAGUAAAGCUCAAAAUGUCAGGUGAAGACAGUGAGAAGAUUUGUGUUGAGGAACCCAAAAUGUUAGGUGAAGAUAGCACAAAAAUUUGUGCAGAGGGUGAGGUUGCCAAAUCUGUGCCUGAGAAGCAAUCAGGGGAUAAUUUGGUCCAGGAUAAUGAGCCAACCUCCAAGGACUUGGGAAACUUUGCCGGUGAUUCCUUGAAUUCAGAGAAUGAAUCAGAAUUAUCUCCUUCUAGACAGUGGAUGGAAUUUGAGAAACAAAGGCAAGAGAUAAUAGAACUAUGGAAUGCAUGCAAUGUGCCCCUUGUUCACAGAACAUACUUUUUCCUACUCUUCAAAGGGGAUCCAACUGACUCAGUUUACAUGGAAGUGGAGCUUAGAAGACUGUCCUAUCUUAAGAACGCAUUCUCUUUAGGAGCUAAAGUUGUGAAAGACGGUCAAAUUUUCUCACAGGCAGCAAGUUUAAAUGCUCUGAAUCGCGAGAGGGAAAUGCUGAGCAAGCUGCUUCUUAAGAAGCUUUCUUCAAAGGAGAGAGACAACCUAUACGAGAAAAGGGGCAUUGGUCUAAAAACUAAAAGGAGAAGACUUCAACUGUGUCAUCAGUUAUGGAAAGAUACCAAAGACAUGGAUCACAUUAAGGAAAGUGCAGCACUCAUCUCAAAAUUAGUUGGAUUCGAAGCACAAAACGAAGUCCCAAAAGAGAUGUUUGAACUCAACUUCUCACCAGGGCCAAAAAAUCUCAGGUCUUUCAGCUGGAAACCAAGAAAAGCCUAAUGUGAUCUUCUAAAGCAAAAGAUUUAAGGAUUAUUUGAAGCAUUGUAGUAGCUUCAAAAUGAAUUGACCCCCCCCCC